CAGCAGGGAUCUGAGAUGAGUUCUGUGUCGCAGGAGAUCCAGGGCUUCUCCGCGGCUCGUCUGAGGAAGCAGAGCACCAGAGUGACGACUGUGACGGGCGAGAGACUCGUGGAGACGCGCCGUGGAGAUCGGUACCAGGUGGAGCGCGAGGGGCACGCGGCCUGCGGGUUUGUGCAGGACUCGAGCCUCGACCUGCACGUGGGCGUCAUCAGACCCUUCCUCCUGCUCUCAUCACAGGAUGCUGCCCAUGAUAUAGACACACUGAAGAAAUUAAAGGUGACUCAUGUGCUGAAUGUGGCAUAUGGAGUUGAGAAUGAGUUUCCUGAUCUCUUCACGUAUAAGACCAUCACCGUGUUAGAUCUUCCAGAGACAGACAUCACUUCAUACUUCCCUGAGUGUUUCCAGUUCAUACAUGAAGCCAGUCAGCAGGCUGGAGUGGUGCUGGUCCACUGUAACGCUGGUGUUUCUCGCUCUGUUUCUGUUGUCAUCGGGUUCCUCAUGUCCCAGGAGAACAUGUCCUUUGAUGAAGCCUACAGCGCUGUGAAAACCGCCAGGCCUUACAUUCAGCCAAACCCAGGCUUUAUGAGUCAGCUGAAGAAAUAUAAACCAUGAUUCCACACAAAGACUGAUUUUUGUCA